AUGUCCACACCCAAAACAAUGCGCACCCUCUUCCAGCCCUCCGCAGAGGAACCCCGCCUCGUCCUCAUCCCCAACCACCCCGUCCCCGUCCCCCGCGAAGGCACAGACGAACACCUCAUCCACGUCCGCAGCGUCAGCCCCUGCGCCAACGAGCUCAACUGGGCCAAGAACUUCCCGCACCUCCAAACCCGCGAACUCAUCCCUUGCUACGACAUCGCUGGCACCAUCGUCGCCGCCCCGCCCACUUCAGACUUUCAGCCCGGCGCAGAGGUCUACGCGCGCUCCAAUUACAUGAGCCCCGGCUGCGCGCGCGACUACACCCUCGUCGGCGGGGCCGAGCUGGCGCGCCGGCCCAGGAAUGUGGACUGGGCGCACGCGACCUCCAUCCCGCUGAGCGCGCAGACGGCGCUGCAGGCGCUGUUUGUGCAAUCGGGGAUCGGCGGGUUGGGAGAUAGCGCGUGGAAGGGGAAGAGGGUGCUUGUUACUGCUGCGUCGGGGGGAGUGGGGAGUUGGGUUGUGCAGCUGGGUCGUGUGGCUGGCGCAACUGUCAUUGGAACCUGUGGGCCGCAGAAUGUUGACUUUGUGAAGGGCCUGGGGGCGGAGGAGGUGGUGAACUAUCGUGAGGUGGACUUGAAGGCUUGGGGUCAGAAGGCAGAGAAUCAGGUCGACCUGGUGGUUGAUUGCAUUGGGAAGAAGUCGUUGGAGGAUGCCUGGUGGUGUGUCAAGGAGGGAGGCACCCUGAUCAGUAUCUUCCAGCCGCCAGAGCAGGUGCAGCCGGAGGAGUGCAAGGAGAAGAAUGUGAAAAACUUCUUCUUCAUCGUGGCGGCGAAUCGAUCUGAUUUGGAGACGAUCACGAAGCUGGUCGAGGAGGGCAAGUGUCAUGGAGUCGUUGAUAGUAUCUGGCCCCUGGAGCAGUUUGAGGAUGCUUUCAAAAGGUUGGAUAGCGGGCACGCCAGAGGGAAGAUCAUCUUGGAUUUGACUUUGAAUCAGUAA